CGUGGCAAUUAUAUUUUUAUAAUUUUUUCCUCACCCGCUAUUACAUACACAAUCACAUAUCGAGACGACGACAGUUUUCUGUGCCUGCAACUAAAACCUUCAGGGCGUUAUUAUUGUUUUUACCAACACAUUGCACGACAUCCAACAUAUUUAUAUUGUAAAGAACAAUUGCUCUAUUAUAUGCAAAUCAACGCCGCGAUGGGUGUCCAUACGAAAACAAUUGAUAAUUACAUUUUGAGAAUUAAUUAAAAAUCGUAAUAUACACGCGUUGGAAUAAAUUCCACAUUAGUACAUUUUUCGUAUUACGGUAUACAACUAUAUAGGACAUUUAUUUCUCGUAUAUCCAAGAAAAUUGUCACUCGGGAUUGAUAUUCUUAUUAGCCUUAAAAAAGGUAAAAUAUCUGAUACACAUGUACAUAUAUGUAUAUCGGGUACUUAUCUGUUAUCCCUACUACCGCGACUCUCAAUUCUGUUAUCUCGACUACUACUACUAGUACUAUCCAGAUAGUUCCGUAUUUUAAUACACAAUACACGUCAUGAAAUGCAAUUUAUAUUAAAAUGUAUAUUAGUAUAACGUUUAUUAUCAAUAAUCAUAUAAAUUAUCACAGUAAUGGAGAGUUAUAGUACAAAACCACGAUUUAAGAUAGUACUAGGGUAUCUUAAAUCGUGUAUAAAACAUAAAAUCAUUAAAAUGAUCACAAAACGUGAAAUUACAAAUUCUAAAAUUAUCACAGCGGUGGAAAGUUAUUAUAAUAUAAAACAAAAAAUCAUCAAAAUGAUCACAUUUACAGUUGCAUAAGUCUAAAAUUCUAUUUUUGGUGACCAAUUUUCGAAAAUAUUUUUCAAUAUGUUAUCGAAUGGUUCUCCUUCAAUGCUGUGUCUCCAGAUAAACUUCGCCAGAUAAGACUCCAAAUGAUGGCGUCUGGUUCCCUUAUGGUUUUUAUUUCUCCAUUUAGCGGAGCCCCAAACACGUUUGGCGUGGGAGUCGAGAUAACAGAAUUGAGUAGUCGCGGUAAUAGGGAUGACAGACAAGUACCGUAUAUCGUAUUAGAAUACAAUGUUUUCAGCACUCGAAACGCUUCUCGUGGUAUAGAACACGAGUGUUAUAAUAAGGCGUCGUCACUUAUAUUCUGUUGCUCGUCUAAGCGUUUCGUACCGCGUGCAAACGACUUACAAUAAUACCUAGGUACACACGAGUAUAAUGAUACCCAUAGGUCCGUUUAACAUUGAUGUACACCAUACGCUUUCGUACCGAGUUCACAUAAUAAUAAAAUAUUGAAUCCGAGUAAAUAUACGUUCCGUGUGACUCUCAUGCGCCGCACAUGUUCACGACGUGGAUGACCCUGCACGUAAACCAUGACGCUCAAUCAACUGAAAUGUAUUUAUCGAGUCUGCAUGCGAGCCCGGGACGUAGGAUUCACAGUUACCCAUCGGCUCGUCGGACCAUGCAGAUGAUGGCGACUACCGGAGGAGAGUCGUUGAAGUUCACCGCCCGGUUCGGCGGAGGUUCGGCCGGUGCGGGCAACAGCGGUCUGCACGUGUUCGACCGUUUACCGUCGCUGUACGUGGACGCGGUCUGGGCGAGAUUCCGGCACCAUCCGGCCGCGAUGUUCUCGGCGGCCACGGUGGCGGCCGCGGGCUGCGACGGCGGUCGGCCGCACCACCGUCAGCUGCUGCACCGCGGCCCGGCCGGCCAGAUGGAAGGCUACGUGCGGGCCAUGGCGCUGUCCAGGAACGUGCAGAAGCAGAUGGCCGCGAUGGCGUACGGCGCGGCGACCACCGGACCGUCGCCGGUGGCCACCACGCCGGGCGGCAAGCCCAAGAAGCGGUACAUCUGCACGUACUGCGACCGCGAGUUCAGCAAGUCGUACAACCUGCUCAUACACGUCCGGACGCACACCGACGAGCGGCCGUACCCGUGCGACGUGUGCGGCAAAGCGUUCCGCAGGCAGGACCAUCUCAGGGACCACAAGUACGUACACAUGAAGGACAAACCGUUCUCCUGUGAAUCCUGUGGCAAGGGGUUCUGCCAGAUGCGCACGUUGAUCAGUCACCGGAAGAACGCGCAGUGUCAAUGGUACCAGUACCAGCGGCACCAGGCGAUGGCCACGCAAAUCGCCGCCGCCACCGCAGUCGCCUUAGCCGCACCGCCCCCGACCACUGCUGCCGUGGCCGACACCGUUCAGAACCCGAACCUGACCGAUUUUAGUAUCAAAACACUGUUGGGAAUGGACGACAAUCAAUAGUGCGAUGGUAUUACAUUGUACAGAACAUUUACAUAAAUGUGCUCCUCACUGUAUGAUAAAAAAUGUUAGCGAAUUAUUACAAAAUUAUAUAUAAUAUAUUCUAUCCUAU